CAAGCUAAAACAGUUGAUUUGCCUUAAUCGAGGUUCAAGCAAAGAGGCUCCGAAGUCUACAGUGAGAGCGAUUCCCGGCGAUAACAGAUAAUUGAUAAGCAUCAGUCAGCAGAGAAGAGUGCCAGUAAGCACAUCUUUCUUCAAUCAUGCCUGCAAGAUCGGUUACUCAUUUAGAGGACCAGAUACGGACACAGCUUCUAUCAAAACGUGUGCGUGUAACUGAGUUCUUCAAAGACUAUGAUCGUCUUCGAUCUGGUUACAUGACCAUAUCUCAGUUCAAGCGAGUUCUUGACCAAAGUUUUGGAAUUCAGCUCGGACCAGAAGAUGAACAAUGUUUGUUGGAUAAGUAUGCUGAUAAAAACGAUGGGACAGUCAACUAUCGUUACUUCUCAGAAGUUAUUGAAGCCUCAUUUCAACCGAAUGAUCUGAAAACUAAUCCCAUGGCCAAGACUGUGGAACCAGCUCCAUACUUGGGUACCCAGAGAUCAGUGCGUCUCUUAAGUCCAACUACCCAAUCACAGUGUGACGCGAUAUUACACCGAAUGAUACCCUUCUAUAAAUACCACGGUAUCAAUAUUCGAACUUGCUAUGAAGAUUUCGACAGACACCAUAAUGGUCUAGUCACCGAAAGUCAGUUCUAUCGUAGUUUCCCAGGUCCACCAGAUGUGACAGAACAAGAAAUGAGAAUACUGGCUUCUAAGUAUCUUGAUCCAAGUAAAGCUAGUUUGUGUAAUUAUCUUAAUUUUCAUAAUGAUGUUGAAGCCUUGAAAUCCCAAAUGGUAGAAGACUUUGAGUACCAGACUAGUCCACCAUCGACAGGAUAUAAUAUUCCAGGCAAGACUGCAGAGCCCCGCUCACUUGAAGACGUCUUUGAUAAAAUUCGAGUCGCAGUUUACAAGAAUGGAAUUCGAACAACCGAGUUUUUCCGUGACCACGACAAGUUGCGCAGUUACAUCAUCACAGAAAAUCAGUUUAUAUGUGGUCUGUCAUUAGCUGUUGGCAAGGAGGCUCAGUUGUCUCGUAGCGACAUACAGAAAGUGGUGGAUUUCUAUAAAAUUCCAGACGGUAGAGUUCGUUACAAGGAAUUCUGCGACCUCAUGGAAAAUGCUUUCAACGAGCCUGGUCUAGAAAAAAACCCAACUCUUGACGUGCAGAGACCAGCUAAAGGAGCGUUAUCAAGAUAUCUCAAUCCAUUGAAUGAUGAGGAGGAGGCGAGGGUGGCCGUCAUUUUACAAGAGAUGUCAGAAACUUGCCAAAAGCGACGACUUAUGAUGUAUGCUUAUUUCAAAGACUAUGAUAGGAGCAAGGCGUAUACCAGAAACAUCACGUUCGCUCAGUUUGGUCGUAUUCUUCACUUCUUGAGUCUCCACGUUCAGAGUGAAGAUUUCAAACUACUGUGUCGUAAAUUUGAGGACCCUGAACGUCGCGGUGACGUCAACUAUCCAGCUUUUGUGCAGGCUGUGGACAGAGAGUUUGUUGGUUUCACCAUCGACUCGAAUGAUGCACCAAAGCUAGCUGAACGACCCAAGACGCCUAUCAACAUGAAACCUGUCGAUAUAAGUAAAAUCAGCAUUCCCGAACUCACUGGUAAAAUACGACACCACGUACUCGUCAAUAGAAUUAGGGUGAAUGAAUAUUUCCAAGACUUUGAUCAGCUGCGUACUGGAUCCAUCUCUCAAACUCGUUUCCGCAUGGGUCUCAGCGCCAUGGGUCUCAGCGCUAUUGGACAACUGAACCUGACCGACUCUGACUUCCUGGCAUUGGCUUAUCACUACUCUGAUCCCAACAAACCUGGUAACGUCCUUUGGCAGGAUUUCAUGGUUGAAAUUGAAACAGUUUUUACCCAGGUGAAACCAAACCUAGAAAAGACCCCAACCGUGCAAGUGCCAUCGCCAGAGAGCUUCAUGGUGUCAAAACCAGGUACUUUGGACUGGCGGAGGGUGACUGAUGAAGAAAACCAGCUCGUUGAGGCUGUAAUGGACCGCAUGCGCCAACGUGCCAUGCAGAGGAGGGUACUUGCGAAACCAUGUUUUCAAGAUUUUGACCGCCAUAACCGUGGUUACGUCACCGGGUCACAGUUCCGCCAGUGUCUGACGUAUCUCAGUUUGUCAGCUACCGAGCAAGAGGCUGCAGUGUUACAGAAAAAAUAUUUCGACCAGGCUGGGUUUAACUAUCUCCGAUUUCUAGAAGAUCUCCAGCCGUCAGAGAAGCCAGAAAUGAAAUACCAGACUCGGUUGAAGGAGUUGGAGCUUGUUAACAAUCGUGUGUUUUCAUUGGAAAAGAAUUCAUGUACAGAUCUUGACGCAGUCCUCACAAAAAUCAAAUCACAGGUGAUGAAAAAAAGAAUUCGUAUUUUGGAAUUCCUGCGCGAUUAUGACAAACUACGUACUGGUCGCAUGAAGAAAGAGACGUUCCGUCGUGCGUUGGAUCCAGCCAAUCUCGGCCUCAAAGGUUCGGAAGUGUCUAUAUUGGAAAAUGCAUUUGAAUCACAGAGAGAUCCAGGUUAUGUUGAAUAUUUGCUAUUCAACGAUGAAAUUGAAAGCAUCUUUACGAUAAAGAAUCUAGAAAAAGAUCCGCUGGUCACGCCGAAGCAGUUCUCAGUUCCCAUUGAGAUUGACCAGAAUGUGCUCACUGAUGUAGAGGAACCAGUCUACAAUAAAACAAUGGAAAAAUUGUCUGAGAAGGUACGUAUGAGGCGCAUGCAGCUUUUCCCUCUAUUUGAAGACUACGACAGAGUGCACAAUGGUACCGUGUCAAGAUCCCAGUUCCGCAGAGUUCUCACCGAACUAGAACUCAGCUCCAUGGUUAAUGAGAGAGAGUUCCAAAUUCUUUACAAAAAAUAUGACGUGAAGAUCGGCGAUAAGGAUGAUGUCAAUUACAUCGCAUUCUGUGACAAUAUCUAUGAGCUUGCACAUUUCGAAUGGAGAAAACCAUAAACUAUGAUCCUUAUGCAUGGAGAAAAAAAUGAAAUCUUGUAAAACUGGUGUAUAUUUUGUCUUCUGGUUUAGUAAUUUAAAUUGAAUAUUUCUCAAGAAGUUGUUUUUCUGAUGUUACAAGACUUUCCUACAUCACAUAAUGCAUAUACCGUUCACAUCAUUAAGGUUUUUUUUUCUUAUUGUAAUUGUUUGAAGUAUGUAUAGAAAAAAGAUUAACUGUAU